UACUACCACUGCUGGCCACUGCAAGGUUGCACAUCGAGUCUGCAGAUCCCUCUUUAACAACAAUAUGCUGCCCUUGGAUGAAGCACAGGGACAGACAGCAGGCCGGCUGAGUGAGGACGUGUGAUUCCCUUCACAAUGGACUGAAACAACAAUACUCACUUGACAAAAGCAGUGGACCUCCACCACCCUGCCAUGGAGGGUUCAGGUGUCAAAAAAAAAUCAGGAUUUGGACAUCAAAAAAAAGAGAUUCCUGCUGGCCAUCUGCCCGUGUAUCGUAACUCUGCAGCAGAUUGCAGCGGUGCUGACGUCACUCAACCGAGAAAGCUCAACGGUUCCUCAGCUGAGGCACCGAGCUACCAGAACCUGCACCGGGAGCUGUUGCUCAGCCAUAAACGCGGCCUGCUGCUUGAGGAGAAACCUGAGCUGAAACGAGUGUUGGAGCAGCGUAGAUUGGAGCUGCACAAGGAGGAGGAGAUGGCACGACAGGGGCCCUCAGAUCUGGAGAUGGAGCUCCGCAAGAGGCAGCAGAAGCUGCAAGAGUAUGAGCAGGAGGAGAUAAGACAGCGGGAGAACCAGGAGAAGAUCCCCGAGUUUGUCCGUGUCAGGGACAACCUGAGGCGCACGCAGACAUUUGAGCAGCCCUGAUGGGCUGCCAUCAGCCAGUGCGGCCUCUCACCACAGUGGCCAUAAAUCUUUAUGCUCACUGCCUACUGAGCUUCACAUAAAAGAAGAAGAAGAAAGAAGAAAAAAAAACUCUAGAGAAACAAGCAUGCUCAAGUGUCCUGAUGGAUUUUAAAUUGUGAAUGGAAUUAUGUAUGUAUGCAAACAUCUAAUCCCUAUUUAGAAAUACCUUAAAACUCAUCUACAGUCCUGUUUCUGGUGAAGGAGUGAAGUGCUCAUUUUUUAUUAAGAAUAACAUAUGGAUUAAUGAGGGCUUAAUGAAGACAGCCAUGACAGUAAAUAGUUUUUUUUAAUGUUUUCUAUGGUCAUUGAUCUAUUUUUUCUUCCAGUAAUGAUCAUUUUCCCAUGUUUCUUCCUGGGUUAAAGGAGUGUAAGAAUGUUCAUUUUAUUAAAAGGCCGUAUCAUCUAAACUCGACUCUUCAACACAGUGUGAAACAUUUUUGGCAGAACUGUUUUGCAUCAGUAAGAAUCACCCCUAACAUUUAAAAAAAUCAAGUUUGUUUACCUAUUUCUUCAUGACUUGAUUUUUAGUGUGUUUGUGUGUGCUGUGUGGAAAUAAAAGGCUUUAUGGUUUGCAGUGAUGUGCUGUUGUGCUGAAUGCAACUUAAACCACCAGGGGACUGAUUUGCAGGCAGAUCCUCUCCCUCAGGACUCUCAUGGCUUUUUUGUCACACGGCCGGGAUAUGGGACUCUUUUUAAUUAGCUAAUCUUUUCAUUCCAUCACGGGUCGCGAGGAGAAAGGACAGGCCAUCUGCUGGAGUCCUUUCAGGAUCUCUAGUCUAGGAAUACCCAGGGGUAAUGUUAAGGCAGUGCAGACAUUUGGAAUAAUCACAAAAGCCACUGUUUUAGUGUUACAUUGAUAUUAUUUUAGUAGUAUCUUUAACAGAAAUGCAAGAACAACGCAGUGUGAUGCCAUUAUUUUUAACUUUCAAGAUUACAAUUUAAAGAAAUAGUGUUGUGC